UUCUCUCAGGGACGGAGCUCAGCUCAAUCGCGUCGCGCCAGGAGCUGGCCGCGGCCCGAGGCUGAGCCACUGCUGAGCUCAGAGACCGUGGCUGGCUCUGGCUUGCUCUGGAAAGGAGAUGCUGGGGGGGAGGGGGGAGAUUUUCCAGCUGCUUUCCGGUGCAGAACUCCUGUCCUGCCACUCCCACUCCCCUCUGGUUUGCUGCCUUUCCUCGGCCUGGCCCCCGGGCCGGCUGGCUGCCUCGCUCGAGACUCUGACCCUGCUCCUCUCGGUUCAGGUUCACAGGUUUCCCACACACCCCGUCGACAGCCGCUGGAUUUCUGGAGCUGGGCAGCUGCCGGUUUCCUUAGUGAUGAGCUCUGUUGCUUGCAGCAGGGGCCUCCUCCCCGUGGCCUAAGCCUGCCUCCCCGUCUCUGGCCCUGCUCCCUCCCGUUCCCGCCAGCUCUCCGCAAGGCGCUGAGCGAGAUAGCGACCCGCAGGCCCGGGAGCCCUGGCCGAGGCUGAACUUGGCUGGCUCUCUCUGCCACACGCUCAGGCCAGCUCCCUCCCGCCUGCCUCGGUCGCCACCCCAGGCCAUGGCCUACGCCGGCUCGGCCGUCCUGGAGGGGGACGCGGCUGCCUUCGCCGCAGCCGUCAGGAGCCUCAUCAACAACCCGCAGUUCAGCGACGUGACGUUCGUGGUGGGCAGGGAGAGGCAGGAGGUGUUUGCCCAUCGCUGCAUCCUCGCUUGCCGCUGCCAGGCCUUCCAGGGGAUGUUCAGCCAGCCCCAGCCUGAUGCCCAGGAGCCGUGGCCCGCCCAGGCCCCAUUGGUCCUCAGCCACGUGCAGCCCGAGGUCUUCCUGGCCGUUCUCGAGUUCCUGUACACCAACAGCGUGACCCUCAACAGCUUCAUGGCCCUGGAGGUGCUCACCUCGGCUGUGGAGUACGGGCUGGACGACCUGAGGAAGCUGUGCGUUGAGUUCCUCACGGGUGCGCUGAGCGUGGAGCUGGUCUGCGAGGCGCUGCAGGUGAGUCCCCUCCCGUCCCGUGGGCUGGCUCUGUUCCCAGGAGCUGGCUGGGGUGGGGAACCCGUGACUGUGAUUCCUCCUCCUCCGCGGCUCUCUGCCCACGCGCCGUGCGGCCCCAAACAGCUCGGCCCUGGCCCCGGGAGGCCGUGCCCUGACCCCUGCCAGCUGUGCCUGGGCAAACCCCUCGACAGACAGGGCACGUGGCCUGGGGCGGGGCGUUGAUGGCAAGGAGCGGGUUGGCCUCUCCUCUGGAGGGUCCCCCAGCAGGAUCUGGCUCCAGGCAGCGGGUUGAUGUCUAAGGUGAGUGAGAGGAAGACUGGGGCAGCCGGGCGGAGGGGUCCCUGGGACCCUCUGAGAUGUCCCGGAGAUCAGCCAAGGCCCCCGCAACAGGCACGAGGGCCUGCGCCAGCGCCUGCAGAUGCUGGCGGGAUCCCU